AUGAACUCUGUUUUGAGAACGGCCUGCGACAACUGCCACCGACGCAAGACACGAUGCAUUCCUGGAGCGGAGCGAGGUUGCCAGCAUUGCCGCCAGACAGGCCAGGAGUGUGCUUUUUCGCCGAGAAACAACAUGGGCAGGCCGCGGCGCAAACAGCCAGCGGAGGUGUUACAAACGCAUCUCAACGCAGAGUCGCCCUGGGAAUUCCAUCUACUCCAAGACUGUGCCGGGAUUCCGCCGUCACCAUUGUUUCCAAACUGCGCUGAUGUACUACUGGCAAGGGACGAUGCUUUCAGGUUUCAGCAGCAACACUGGGGCAUGGUGGCCGAUACUGAUGCCUCGUCAACUCUUUCGUCGUCAACGCUGUCACCCACCACUCCAACGGAUCUGUGUAACCCGUUCAUUUCAAAUUCCGGAGAUCUAGACGCCAUGCAUGAGCCAUCAGCACAACCUGACCCCAGUCUGCUGUGCAGUAAACAGGCGUCAACAGCGGGAUGUGUUGGUCGCGAGUCGUCAAACGACCUUGGCAGUAUCGUGUCCCAAUAUGCACAGCUCUCUCAAUUUUUGUUUCAACUCAACAUGCACGCGCCUCACGAUAUGCUUGCACAGGGAGAGCGGGGUGCCUUUCAUUCGUUGAGCUCUCUGGUGUCGUCGCUCUGCGAGACGUUGCGCAUUUUUGAAGAGAGACCGCUGUGUCACGCCGGAGAAAAAACCGCAUCGUCAAGCUUCCUACUGGCGGCUUUGGUGGUUGGAAAGGCCGUCGGUUUAUACCACGAGAUGGCCAGGAGCCUUUGCCAUCCCGCCUCUGCCCAGCCCAUUGGCAUGCACAGGAGGCUGCGCUUACUUGCCGAUAUCCACACCAUGGAGCUUCAGCUGGAAUACAUGCGACAGAUGUUCCGAGCUUCAAAUCACCCUCUCAGCGUCGAGACUGUAAAGCAUGUCGAUGAGACCAUUGCCAUUUUGCAGAAAUACUCUGCGCUCUGGCGCUGA